UAAGGAACAGCUUCAAUUUGAAUUUGAGUCAUUUGAAUGAUAUGGUUUAUCACCAUCAUCAUCGACAAACCCUUGGACUCCUCGAUCCCUCUGAUCGCCACCCAUCCAUCCCAAACACUCCUCACCGCGACCGCCACCUCCUAACCCGACGCGGUCUCGAAUCCAGUGAUUGGUACCCACCCAAUAUCAUCAAGUUUAGGAGAAUCAGCUGAUAGACGCCAAGAACUGGGCGUCAAUUCCCAUCAGGGACAACGAGGUAUUCGUCGUGUAUAUCCAUUGAAACGGCGCCGUAGUAGCAGUUUCUUGUUCAAUUUAGGUUUUUCAGUGAAACCAAAAGGAACCCCCCAAACUCAUCGCAGUCGCACAAAGCAAAACUUCCGAUUUCAGUCUCUCUUAUCAGCUUCUAAUAAGUAGGAGCAGGAUGUCAAGCAAGAACGAAGAGGUUUCGAAGCUUAAAAACAAGAUUAUUGAAUGCCAAGAGGAAACGAUGCAGCUAUUGCGCGAGAAACAGCGGUGGCCUGACAAAUUUAAUCUGAUGGAACAGACAAAAGAAAAAGUUGCAGCUGACCUGACAACACAAAUACUAUGUAAUUCGAUCCAAAUAUCUGAAUCUGAAAAGGAACUCGAGGCUCUGAACAAGGCCUUGAAGCGUGUGGAGCAGUCUGAAUCUAAUGUAAAAGAGAUAUUUGACAGCAGUCAAGUUCAAUAUGAUGAAUAUAAGAAAUAUAAGGAAAUGCGGCUGAUAGAAACAGAGAGUGGUUUGGAUGAGCUAGAGAAAAGUUUGUCUGAUGAAUCGGACGACAUUAACGUGUACAAAAGGCGUGUAGAGAUGGAGAAGACACUUGAAAAUCUUAAUGUUUUCUGUGAGGCUGUGUAUUCUAUUCUCGAACCGAAGGACUCUAGUGAUGUCUCUCUUGUCAAAGAAGCUCAGCUUGAUCAUCUUGGCGGACAGAGUGGACAGAAAAUGCGAAAAAGGAGAGGGUCACAGAAGUCUCAAUAGGAACCUUAACAUAAAAUAAUGAAGACCUGUUUGGGCGUGUUGGCUGUGAGUGGAACUUCUUUUACAUUUAGAGCAAGUUCACCCGUAGUCAAGAAAAGGCAAAGUCGAGAAGUCAAGAAUUCGACCGGUCAAGUUACUAUUCACUGCCACUGGAUAUGGGUUUACACCCGUUGUUUUUCUUGCCCGGUCAACACUGUUCACCCUUUUUACUGUUCACCCAAUAUUCACUGUUCACCAAUGGUUUCACUGUUCAUUGUACUGUUCA